AUGGCUACCGUUGAAGCCACUUCCCAAACCACCUACCACUGUCACACACAGGAGGAGGAAGACCCAAGCUGGGGUCCCGCUCCCAUUUCCAACCUCGCCGGCACCACCGGUGAUAACGCACCAGAUCAGCCUGAUUCUCUCGUCGUAGGCUACGGUGAAAUCGUGCCUCGAUGGGAUGUUAAUACGACUGGUCCUGUAAAGCUUCAGUACUUUGUGGCCAUAGACACUUUUCCUUCCCCCAGCGUCGCCCAGACUGCGGCGAAGGAGUUUCAGGCCGCAGCCGAGUCUUGGAAUGAACUCGACCUUGGCGUUUCGAUUUCUGAGACAACCGACCAAGAAGCAGUAAACUUCAACUUGGUCUACAAAGUCAAUACCCUAAAGUCAGAAAUGGGCACUCUGGCUCAAGCUUUCUUCCCUCACGAGACCAACGAGGAGGUCAUUGUCUUCAAACUGGCCUUAGGACCCCAGUAUCUGCCUAUUCUGAAGAACGUCUUCCAGCACGAGAUAGGCCACAUCCUCGGUCUGCGCCAUGAAUUCGCCAUCGAACAGGAAGGGCUUGGUGCUGUGCAGAUCUUUGAGAAGAAUCGGAAAUCUGUCAUGAGCUACAACUUCCCUCCCAGGAUCCAAGAUAGUGAUCGUCAGCAAAUCACUGAGUUUUACAAGCUUGCCAACGGGUACAUGAUCGAUAACAGUCCUAUUACGGACUUUCAGCCCCAGAUCCGUCGCAAAGGGAGGAACUGA